AUGAACGGCGAUAAUAACAAGAAAUUAUUCCGAUCACCGUCGACGGCGUCGGCCACAUUUGAAGAAUCCGGCGACCCGAUUGCGGCAAUGGAAGUUGACGACGACGGCGAGGCGGAGGCGGCGGAGGAGGCAGAUAACGAGCUCUCAAGGCUACUAGAAACCUAUGCUGGAUCGGAAAUGAAUAUGACGAAAGUGAGAUUCAUCGAAUAUCCAUACUCAUGGCCGCUUAUAUUCAGAUCGUCAAUGACUUCAUCUUACAUUACGAUCAACGGCAACGAGGAAUCAUGCGGUUCUUCGUUCUCAGAUUUGGAUUCAUCGGCGAUGGCUAGUAUUGAUGUACGGCCUGUAAACUACAUUUCUCAUGGGUUGUUCUUUGAAGCAUUUAGAACCUAUUCGAUUGAUGAAAAUGAAGAUGGGUUUUUCGAUAUACCUGUUUUUAGUGAAACUGAUGGGGAGAUGUUGGCUAGGUUUCUAUGGGAAGAAGAUGUUGAUGAUUGA